CGCCGCCACUACUGCUGCUUGCACCUGCCUGCCUUCCUGCUGCUUCGUUCUGUGGUUCAGAAAGACGCCUCGCUGCUGCCGCCAGCCAUGGAGAUACGGUGCUCUGUUGCCGGUCGCCUCUUGGGUCCUCUCUGCUGCGGCCUCUUCCUUUUCGUACUUCUCUUGCUCGAAGGCUCCGCUGUUUUCCAGGCCUAUGCUGUGGAUGUAGAGGUGAGAGAUGACUCCAACGUGACAUGCCUGUAUGCAAAAUGGAUGAUGAACCUCUCAAUAAUAUAUGAAUCUGAACUUAAUGAAUAUAAAAGCACAGCUUUAAUGCUUCCUGAUUCCGUAAGCUAUGAUGGAAGCAGUUGUGGCAAUGAAGCAUCUGGUCCCGUGCUAGCAAUAGAGUUUGGAGAAGGUCAUUUGUGGAGUAUCAGCUUCACUAAAACAGAAAACACCUAUCAAGGAAGCAUCUCCUUCACCUACAAUACCAAUGAUACGGUGCUAUUCCCAGAUGCUAAAAGGAAAGGACAAAUUACCACCUUUGCGAACUAUCCGUCGCGUCCAAUUGAACUAGAUACAGUUUUCAUUUGUCAUAACGUGGACUCUGUUGAAGCCGACAAUGUUACACAAGACCUCUGGAAUGUUACUCUGCAGGCUUUUCUUAACGAGGGCUCCUUAAGUAACAUGAUGACUCAGUGUGAUAAAGACAUGGCACCCAGUGUGCCGGCUGCUCCUGUAACUGCCGCCAUCACAACCGAUGCCGAUUCCACCAACUCCACCACAGAGUCUAAUGCCAUAAGAACCUUCCCACCGCUUCCCACCCCUGAGCCAGGGGAGAAACCUGCCACAGGAAUUUAUUCUGUUAAAAAUGGUACCACAGACUGUCUUCUGGCAAGCAUGGGCCUGCAACUGAACAUCACAGGAAAGUAUUCUCUGCUCAUGAAUAUUGAUCCCAACACGACUACUGCAUCUGGUCACUGUGGCAGUACAACUGCUGUCCUCAAUCUGAAAGAUACCAACUGCGAGAUAGACUUCCUCUUUGCUGUCAGGAAUACAAGCUCUGAAAGGUUUUACCUGAAAGAGAUGAACAUCACUGUGUUUGAUUCUACAAAUGGUACACAGUUUUCUGGAAAUGACAAUCUCAGUUAUUGGGACACCUCCCUGGGCAAUUCGUACAUGUGCCGAAAAGAGGAAACUCUCGUAGUGGCUCCUUCCUAUAAAGUAAACGUCUUCGACUUAAAGAUCCAGCCAUUUGCUGUAAAAGAAGGCCAGUACUCCACAGCGCAAGAGUGCUUGCUGGACGAUGACACCAUUCUAAUCCCAGUUGUAGUUGGUGCUGCUCUGGCAGGCUUGAUUGUAAUUAUAGUGAUUGCUUAUGUAAUUGGCAGAAGAAAAAGCCAUGCUGGAUAUCAAACCUUGUAAAGUUUUGUUGCGACUUGUUUUCGGCUUUGGUUGUGGUUUUUAAAAAAGGGAAGCUCCCGAAUGGAAACCAGGCAGCAAAAAAAUCCACGAUUUCUCUCCUCCUUAAAACCGUGGAGAUGACCCCAAAAUAAAAACAUGACCAAGAAUGUUCCUCUUCUGCACAAAUACAUCAUAAAAUGUAUUGGGACUGACCAAUGGGCGUGGCAAACGCAAGCUGCGAAAAGUUUACCUUGCAAAUAUGUUUUUGUAUGUGGACUUUGUGUUGGAAAUGUACCUGUAGACAGACAAUAGUCCAAAAGGGAAUGACACUUACUUUGACAGAGCAAUAUGGGAAAUCUGGGGUCUGUACUUGCUGCCUUGUACAUCCUACCCUGGAAGUGUAACCUGGCUGCCUUAGCAACUGUAGCCUGGAAUCCUAGAACAUCUGCCAGGGGAGCCGCACAGGGCUUAACCAGCAAUCUUCCAGCUCAUAGCAUUCAACAAUAGACAUCUCUUCAUAGCCAUCUCAGGCCUAGCAAGCCCAAAUAAUACAUAAGCAAGGGUGUUAAAGCUUUUAUUGACUGGUACCAUUGCAACAGUAGCUUCUGAUAGCUGUGAAUCCUAAAUACUGUCUGAUUCUGCCUGAUCAGAUGGAAAACCAUCCUCAUCUGGGAGUGUAGUUUUGCCAUCUUGCCUUCCGCAGGAACUGUUCAUCUUGAUUUCUCUCGCAAAAAAAACCCCACUCACUGUUCAAGUGCCCUUAACUUGUACACCAAACGGCUGGGCUUGCUAUUAAAGGCUUUUGGUUCUGUUACAGCCAUUGAUUUGGUUUGAAGCUGUUAAAAUCUGUUUAUCCUGAUUCGUGUGUUAAAAUGAAAAAUGGGUUUAAAGAAUGUCUGUUGGCGAACAAUUGACUUCCAUACUUGGAUAUACAGCCACGCAUUUUAAAAAUAGGAUUGUUGGUUCACCAUACGCUUGAGGUGAGAUGCACAUAGCAAUAUGCUUCAGGUAGCAAGGACAGAAAACGUGACCAAGGAUAAAUUCCCUGCUGUACAUGUUGACUGCAAAGAACUGUACAGUACAAGUACUACUGCUCAGUUUCCAUUGUAUUCCAGUAAGGGAUCCACUUGCAUGAAAGAGCACGGAAGUAUGCUCUGCAGUAUGCAACCCUGCAAUGGCUGGCGCUCCAAAUGUGUGGAAUAGCUUACAAAAGUGAACCAUUUCUUCUAAGGCUUGAAUCCUCUAGCCUAGGUUAGACUUCCACUUCAACAAGGAUUAAUUCACUGUGCCUUUGUAGCUUAUUUUGUUUUCCUUAUUCUUAAAUUGCAGCAUGGAGCUUGCUAUUGCAUUUACUUGUGUUUCCUGCUCAAAACCUAAAUUGGCUUGUUAAAUCACCCUUGUAGGCUCUCUUUUCCUUGGCCUGUUGAUUUGAUGAUCAUGCAUGUGUGUUUGUGUUAACAUGUGUUGGCUUAACUGCAAUUGUCACAGCAACUGUCUUUGCGCAUGAGCCAUGGUAGAUAUUUAGGCCAGCUAUAGCUGCUCAAAAAUGAUGGCAAAAUGUGUUCUUUGAAGACCAAGGCAAAGUGUACACCUUCAUUUUGAAGGUAUGGAAAGGUUUCUGAGAAGCACAUGAUCUUUUCAAUUUAAAAUCUGUUUAGCUUCAGAGUAACUGGCUUGUGUUGAAACACUUGAACUUUAAUGUCUGCUUUAACCUGUGGAAGCCGUGCUAUCUUUUUCUAUCAUUGUAUUUCUAUGUAAGGGUGUGAUUGUCUGUGCACAAAAUGCCUGAAUAAAGACUUUUCUAUUCCUAAGGAA